AUGGACGGAGGAGGCCCACAAUCUUCAGAGAAGGAAAAGAAGGGACUACGAAGGAUCUGGAAAAGAAUCAAACAUAUUUUUCGACAUAAGCCUCAAAGUCUUGCAGCAGAGCCAGCCGCGCCGGCUCCUGCGACAAAAUCCACCACAGCACGACCCGGGUCGGAUUCCAAGGCUGCACCUACCCUUGAAGACCCGACACUUGAAUCGCGGCAGCCGAACAUCGACAACCCAGCACUAAUUGAAGUCGACGAAAUGCAGGAGAGUACUUCUUUACCCGACGAGCCGUUGGCUGUUCCAGUUCGUGAAUCGCUAUCCGAGUAUUCCAAUGAGCAAGAACUCCGUUUCCUUAAGGCCAAAGCGAUCUUUGCACGGUACAACAUCGAGUUGAACGAGGCUGACUGGGUGGUGCGACCAAAGUUCCAAUAUGAAAGAGUGUCGAAACCCAUAAGACAAAGGGUCAGAUAUACCUGCCAUAACUGUUCCACCACGUUUGGCUAUGAGAAGAUUUGUAUGGCGUGUCAACACCGUCGCUGUACUCAAUGUUCGCGCUAUCCACCGAGAAAGGACCGCUCUAGAGCUGCCAGAGAGUCGACGACUCAGCAGCAGCAGCAACAAGACUCGGCCAGCCAUGUCCGGCGGAACAGCAUCGAGGGUGCUUGCCAUGAAUGCCAGACUGGCUUCGAACUUGGCACUCAAGUAUGCCCAAACUGCCAACACCAAAUAUGCGAUCGUUGCAUUCAAGAGACGACAGUCUCGGCCGAUCAAGUCCUGCGCAGAACAGACGAACAAAUCCCUCCGACCAGCCGAUCUACUGGCGUCAGCUAA